CUGCCGCCGCCGCCGCCGCCGCCGCGGCUGCCGCAGCCUCUGGGAGCCUGGAAAAGGGGAAGCGAGAGCGAACGAGCGACUCAGUCCCCGGGCGGCGGCUGCAGCGGCGGCGGCGGCGGCCGGGGCGGCGCGACGGCUGGGCCGGGGGCGCUUCUGCUGCUGCGGUGGCGGCGGGCGGCGGCAGGGGCGGCGGCGGCGGCGGCCCGCACCAGCCAUGCCGAAUAAAAACAAGAAGGAGAAAGAACCACCAAAACCGAUGAAAAGUGGAAAAGGUUCAAAAGAAGGACAAGACACAGCAGAGCCAGAGCAGAUAGCCAGCAGGAAAAACAGCCUGGUGGCCGUCCAGUCUUCGACAUCCGCAAAAAUAAAAGCCCCAGUCCCUCAGCCUGUUGUCGUCCCCGUGAAGAAAGACAAACGGCAGAAUUCUUCACGCUUUAACGCCAGCAAUAACAGAGAACUGCAAAAACUCCCGUCUUUAAAAGAUGUUCCUCCUGCGGAUCAAGAGAAGCUUUUCAUCCAGAAGCUUCGUCAAUGUUGUGUCCUCUUUGACUUUGUUUCUGACCCACUGAGUGACCUGAAGUGGAAGGAAGUAAAGCGAGCUGCAUUGAGUGAGAUGGUGGAAUAUAUCACCCACAACCGGAAUGUGAUCACAGAACCCAUUUACCCAGAGGUCGUCCACAUGUUUGCAGUUAACAUGUUUCGAACCUUGCCACCUUCCUCCAAUCCUACGGGAGCAGAAUUCGACCCAGAAGAAGAUGAACCAACGUUAGAAGCAGCCUGGCCUCAUCUGCAGCUUGUUUAUGAAUUUUUCUUAAGAUUUUUAGAGUCUCCAGAUUUCCAGCCCAAUAUAGCAAAGAAAUAUAUUGAUCAGAAGUUUGUAUUACAGCUUCUAGAACUCUUUGACAGUGAGGAUCCUCGGGAGAGAGAUUUUCUAAAAACUACCCUUCACAGAAUCUAUGGGAAGUUCUUAGGUCUGCGUGCUUACAUCAGGAAACAGAUAAAUAAUAUAUUUUAUAGGUUUAUUUAUGAGACAGAGCAUCACAAUGGCAUAGCAGAAUUACUGGAAAUACUGGGAAGUAUAAUUAAUGGAUUUGCCUUACCACUAAAGGAAGAGCACAAGAUUUUCCUGUUAAAGGUGUUGCUGCCCUUGCACAAAGUGAAAUCUCUGAGUGUCUACCAUCCCCAGCUGGCGUACUGCGUUGUGCAGUUUUUGGAGAAGGACAGCACCCUCACUGAACCAGUGGUAAUGGCUCUUCUCAAAUACUGGCCAAAGACUCACAGUCCAAAAGAAGUAAUGUUCUUAAAUGAAUUAGAAGAAAUUCUAGAUGUAAUUGAACCAUCAGAAUUUGUGAAGAUCAUGGAGCCUCUUUUUCGACAGUUAGCCAAGUGUGUUUCCAGCCCUCACUUCCAGGUGGCCGAGCGGGCGCUGUAUUACUGGAACAAUGAGUACAUCAUGAGUUUAAUUAGUGACAACGCAGCGAAGAUCCUGCCCAUCAUGUUUCCAUCCCUGUACCGCAACUCGAAGACCCACUGGAACAAGACAAUACACGGCUUGAUAUACAACGCCCUGAAACUCUUCAUGGAGAUGAACCAAAAACUCUUUGAUGACUGUACCCAGCAGUUCAAAGCAGAGAAACUGAAAGAGAAGCUAAAAAUGAAAGAGCGAGAAGAAGCAUGGGUUAAAAUAGAAAAUCUAGCCAAAGCGAAUCCCCAGUAUGCAGUGUAUAGUCAAGCCAGCGCCAUGAGCAUUCCGGUGGCAAUGGAGACAGAUGGGCCUCAGUUUGAAGAUGUGCAGAUGCUGAGAAAGACAGUGAGCGACGAGACUCGUCAGGCACAGAAAGAUCCGAAGAAGGACCGUUCCCUUGUGCGCCGCAAGUCCGAGCUGCCUCAGGACCCCCACACCGAGAAAGCCUUGGAGGCUCACUGCAGAGCCAGUGAGCUGCUCUCCCAGGAUGGGCGCUAGCCUGUGGAGCAGCGCGUCCGAGUUGGGCCUGUCAGUUCUCUUCUGGAUGCUGUAGAAAAGCCGUACUGUUUGUGCCAUACCAAUCAGCUACUCUCAAAGUCAAAGCUCCCUCCGACCCGUUCUGUGGGCAGUAAUGCUCGGCUGCCUCAGCUCGAGAUAGGAGUUCAAACAAUGGUGGCUUCUCUGGCCCUGCCGGCUAAGCCAGGGGUUGAUGACAGUGUUGUCACCAUGCUGUCACCUCCCCAGCCUAGCCCUGAGUAAGACUGUGUCCCCAAGUCAGAGCUGUAGGAAAGCACCCUAGUUGUCUUCUUGUCCUACCCAAGUGGACCCUGUGCGCCUACGAAGUAGGUAGUUCUAUGGUAACACCAUGGUUUUCAAAUCAAAGGAACACUUUAGAAGGCAUCGCCUCCUUUUUUAAGGCUUUACAACCUUUGACACAUUUCCACAAUUUACUGUGCCAACAGCUAGUGUUUGUUGGUUAAACCUCAUAGAAAUGGCUCUUUGCUUUCACGUUCUAGCUGCCUACUAGGCAAGUAGCCAACAUCCUCAGCACUGGGACCUCCCAAGGUGUUUCUUUCCUUUGAUGAAUGGCAUACACACUGUGUCAUGCUCCCCUUCGUGUCUACCGAAAGCCAUAUUUCCUAGUCUGUGGUAGAGGCCAGGGUUCCACCUAAGCUCAGAGAGGCAAGCUCUGAGAAGUGCUUUCUCAGUUCACCUUGACUAGAAUCACAGUGUUGGAAAAUUAUGUGUUCAUAUUAAUUUGCAGAAUCAGUUUUUCAUCUAGUUACACAUUAUCCUUCAACAAGGCUUUUGAAUUGAUAAAACUGUCAGAUCUAAGAAUUCCACAUUGGUAGAACAUGACAAUAAUUAAGCCACUUGGCCUACUGCAAACUGCAUCCGCCUUUGGGCGUUGUGCAGACUGUGCUGUUAGGGUGCCCUCGGUGAGCCUUUCUGUUAAAAAAGCACACAUUACCAAACUCAUAAGGAAAAGUGCAACGUCUAUGUUUCUGCCCAUCUACACAUGCUGCUACAGGCUUCCCAGACUUCUUGCAUGGAUUAAGCUUCUGUUUUAGGCGGAAUAGCACGAGGAGAAAAAUCCUUAAACUUAGCGCUUUGUCUGUUCUUUAUUUCUCUCAGGGUGGCCAGUAUUUUACUUAUCCUGCUUGAAAGAUACGUGAGAUGUGUACCGCUACUCUGAACAGUGGCUAGUUUCUUGUGUCUCUGCAUAAAAAUGACUUAGUGUUAAAUGUCUUGAUGCAUAAGAGGUAAAACAUGGCUUCUUUUAAAAUCUGUUUUUUUAAAUUGUGGUCUCGGGUAUCCAUGGGGGAAAAAAAGAGAUUGCUCUCAUGUGGCCAUAGAACCUGUCCUGGGUCUCCUUGGCUCGCUGCUGAUGCUCACUCGACACAGCAGGAAAGACAGGCAUCUGCAGGGAGGGGAGAGCCUGCUGGACACAAAACGGAAAGGUGGCCCCAGCUGUAGGUGGACAGGCUGGUUGCUUGGGUGAGAAGAACACUUCCUGAGAAACUUGACAAGUAUCUAUCCACUUUACCAUUAUGAAAUCUAUCAUUUAAAAAAAAAGUUGAGAUGCCUUCUCCUUUUGAGGGAAAAAGGGUGCUUUUAUUGUCUAAAGCAGUGUCUGUGUAUUUUGAACCCCAUUGUUUGAACUCUCGUCUUUAGGUGGUAGAGUCUCAGAUGGCCCUGAUGUGGGGUGUUCCAUAUGUGGGGAGAGGUCCCGGGAGACUCUUGCCCUGCGUGGAACGCAAGCUGUCAGUGUCCAGGUGAUGGUUCAAAGCUCAGUACAGAAGAACAUCAGCUGGUCUAGGUUUUAUUUCUGCCCUUUAUUGAAGACAGACUUCACUAAUAAGGAAGAAAAAAAGCGUUUUGAGAGAAACUAAUUUUCUUUGACAAAAGUAUUACUCAGUAUUUUGGCCUAUUAAAGUUUCCCUAGUUAGUACUUGGGUUCCCUGUGCUAAUUGCUCAGCUUAUAUAUUGUUAUAGAGACACUGUUGGUUCUGUACCAAACUGGUUUCAAAAAACAGUACCACGUUGAAAAUAAACGGACGACUGUUUUUCUUCGUAAGGCUCUAAGUUUGGCACCUUCACUCUUUCCAAAAUGUAUCUGUGCGCCAGAGAUGUCACAGUUCCAAGUGUCUUUCUAGUGUGGCUUUGUAUGGCUUCCUUUGGACAUUGUACAUACAUUGUAUCUUUGUUUUAUGGUAAUAAGUAAUAAAAAUGUAGACUUCGUAUUUUGUACAAAAUGUCCUAUGUACAGAAUUUAAAAAAGUUCAUAGAAACAGCAAAAAUAGGUAAGUGGCACAGUUAUUUUUCUUUAGAAAAUAUCUGUAACUUUAUGCUUUAGUGAAAUGUUAAGUACCAACAUAUUUUUUAACAUUUUGUAAUUCAAAACUUUUUUUGUUUUGACAUUGUUUAUGAAGAAAGACUUCAUGCACUUGCCAUUUAAUAUGCUCUUUUAUCUGAUUUUAAAGACCUCUUUAAAAUGGUGUAUUAUAUGGACUAAAUAAAGAACAUGUGAAUUUUA